AUUACAGGAUGUACAGACACUCACUACAGUAACAAACAGCAAUUGGAAUGUAUCUAUACAUGAACGUAAUGUGCAAACAUUUUUGAAAUAGAACCCAAUCAGUUUCAAAUACAGAUCAUACCAGGUUGAAAGACUUGUCCCAACACAACAGCACAGAAUCAUUUUAGUGUAUGCAAAUAUAGUCUGGGGCAGAUGUUGAAAAAUGAAUAGGAUAUAUGCAAAAUGAAAUGGUAAAAUAGGGCAGAAACUUCAGUGUUAUUUUCAAUGUUUAGUAUAAGAAUUUGAUCUUUCCAGGGGAUUAGAGCAUAUCAUUCAUUGACAGAGAUCUGUGUUAUCUGUUGGAGCCCUCUGUGUGGAGUCAAUUUGUAGAACAUUCAGAUAUAUCUGGGACGACUGAGCCAUGGACAAUUAUAUGACGUGUUUGAACAGUCUCAUCAGAAAGUCAUAGUUUUUAUGGAAUAUAUUUCAUACUGCCAUUUGUAGGGAUGAAGAGCCAUUGAACUUAUGAUCGACAUCCUUUCUAUAUAACCCAGUGGGACUUUAAAGAUCGUGUUAGCACACUUCGCAGUAGUUUAUUGAACAGAUUGCACGCAAGAGAAAACUUUAAAAGACGCUGAAGCCAUUAGAGUUUGAUUCCCGUAUUUUCUGUCUGUGAUGACAACAGUAACAUGAUCUGUCAUCAAUUGAAACAGUUUGACGAAUUAUAGAUUUCUGACAGUCGGAAGAGGCAAAUAAUGUUAUUUUGUUAUCAAUAUGAACAAAUUUCUCUUCAUUUCAUUGCAAUAAUGGCACUACUAUAAAUUAUCUGCACUCAAUUUUCAAUGGAUUGAAUUAGAAUAGGAUAGAAAUAAAUCAUGGAAUAUUAUAUUGGAACUAAACUUGAUGUUACAAUUAUUGUGUAGUAGCCAGAUUUGACAGUGUAGAUUAUUAUUGUCAUAUGAUUGGAACAGUACUGAUAUUGUGUUAGCAAAGAAAAUAUAUCUUUUCUGUUUGUAGAGGACAUUUUUACCAGCUGUUAUUUGAUUGAUAGACUGUCAUUAUCAGAGAGGAAACACACGAAAGAUAAUCACUGAAAAGUGAAAGAAACACUAAAUAUUUUGAAAUUAGAAGCCUUUAUUGAGAAAUGUUGAUUACAAUAAUAGAAGCACACUACCAUGAUAAUGUGAUUAACUUAAUCAGCUGAUCAAUUACAGUAUGUCGAUUACAAUGGGAACUAACAGUUCUCCUAGUCGCCUGUGUAACAAAUCACAGAAUAUAGAACUAGAGCAAUUAGCAUCAGGUCGGGAUAAAAAUACAUGUGAUUCUGAGAGAGGUACAGCAGAAACUGAGGCUGAUUCUCCCUUAUUGGAUAAAGAGACCUCAUACUCUAAUCAGGAAAAAUGGGACAAGGAAAUGCAGUAUGAACCUCGUCAAUCUGGAGACGACACUGCAGUUCAGGAGGGGUCAAAUUCUGCAUGGAUGCAAUUUAAACCAGUGAUGACACAAAUGAACAAAGUGAUUCAAGAAAAGUAUAGAUACAAACCUAAACCUGUGGCAAAGUUAUCGUUACAAAAUAAAGUGUAUAACUUUCUAGAGAGGCCGACUGGAUGGAAAUGUUUUAUAUAUCACUUCACUGUCUUUAUGAUGGUACUCAUAUGUUUGAUAUUUAGUGUAUUGUCCACCAUUGACCAGUAUGAAGAGUUUGCCAAUGAAACUUUGUUUUACAUGGAAAUAGUAUUAGUAUUAUUUUUUGGUUUAGAGUAUGUUAUUAGGCUAUGGUCUGCUGGAUGUCGGAGUAAAUAUCAGAGUGUCCGUGGCAGAUUAUUAUUUGCCAGAAAACCCAUUUCUGUGAUAGAUUUAUUGGUUGUGGUAGCAUCUAUAGUGGUAUUAGCUGUAGGAUCUAAUGGACAAGUGUUUGCUACUUCAGCCAUUAGAGGUGUGCGAUUUUUACAGAUAUUACGAAUGUUACAUGUUGAUCGACAGGGAGGAACAUGGAGGCUUUUAGGUUCUGUGGUUUAUAUACACAGACAGGAAUUAAUAACCACUUUGUAUAUAGGAUUUUUAGGAUUAAUUUUCUCAUCAUAUUUUGUCUACCUCGCUGAAAAAGACACUACAAGUCAGGAUGGUACAGAGACAGAUUUUACUAGCUAUGCAGACGCCCUCUGGUGGGGAGUGAUAACUGUGACAACGAUAGGGUAUGGUGAUACAGUACCCCAGACCUGGAUGGGUAGGAUUGUUGCUUCCUGCUUUUCAGUAUUUGCAAUAUCAUUCUUUGCUCUUCCAGCAGGAAUUUUAGGGUCAGGAUUUGCCCUGAAAGUUCAACAGAAACAAAGACAGAAACAUUUCAAUAGACAAAUUCCAACAGCAGCUUCACUCAUACAGUGUUUAUGGCGUUGCUAUGCAGCUAGUCACAAAUUCCAGUCAUCAGCCACAUGGACACAUCACAUGCAGGAGAAAAUUCAUUACGACCGUCAUCAUCAUCACCAUCAUUCCAAAUCUCAACAAAACAUAUCUUCAUCACAAUCCACCUCCGCUCUCACUCGUAUGGCUCGUAGAGCUAGCUAUUUAAAAAAACGCAGAUUCUCCAAAACUUCAAAUAAUGUAUUAGAUAGACAUGAAAGUGUAGGAUCUGUUUCAGGGAAUAUGGAGUGUAAUAGACAAUAUGAUACUCCUGUAGUAUUACAUGGAUCAUGUCAGGAUAUAGAAGAUGAUGAUGAGAGUCGUGAGAUAAGUAAACCAGAAAUAUUAACUGAAGAACACAAGACAAUGAUAAGAGUCAUUAGAAAAAUUAAGUUUUUUGUUGCAAGAAGAAAGUUUCAGAUGGCUAGGAAGCCAUAUGAUGUACGAGAUGUGAUAGAACAAUACUCUCAGGGCCAUUUAAAUAUGAUGGUCAGAAUUAAAGAACUUCAACGAAGAUUAGACCAAACUAUAGGAAAGCCAUUUUACCAUGGUGGUAGUAAAGAUAGACAAAGAUCUACAUUGUGUUCUAGAGUAGCUCACAUUGAGCAACAGAUUGAUAAAUUAGAUACAAAGUUGGAUAAAGUUUUGAACCUUCUGAGUGAAGUUGUAGUCAAUACAAAGACAUGUAAAGCCAUCACUGAUACUGAACCAGAAAAAGUAUAGCGAAGGCUUCUCUUAGUUAUUAUUUAUAUUUGUAUUUAUAUAGUUUGUUUGAAAUGAAAUUCCACACAUAAAAAUAAUAUUAUAAUAUUUUAGGACAUAAUCAAUACCUAUAUCUAAUUAUGUUUGAGUAAAGUAUCUGUCUCUAAGGUAAAAUGCGAAAAAUGUGCUCUGCCAUUUUCUCUUCAUACACUAGCUAAUGAUCCAGUAUAGAAAACAUGACUUUAGCUAAAACUUUCACAGUUUUUUCCAAUUGCUGUUCAUUGAUAAUCAAAUGUUUUUAGUGUGAUUUACCACCAAUAUAUGAUAUCCUUAGUUUUUGUUGCUGGGAGAUCGCUUUCACAUCUUAUUACAUCAAAACCUUGGGUAAUCAGUAUAAUCUGAAAUGGCAAAUAACUUUUUUUCAGGAGUGUAACUGGUAUAAAUAUUCAGUAUUCUUUACUCUGGAGUUUUUCCAAUAACAAAAAUGGAUAAUAAGUUUUGAAGGAGGGACUUGUAACAUUUAAGUUGUAGGGAUAUUGCCUUCAUUACUUACUGGAUCAUCUUCAAAUUUAAAGAAAUGAAUGAUGUAUUUUUUCUAGAGGGACAUGUAAAAAUUUUAAAAGAAGAAUCAUAAGAGAUGCCACCUUUUAAUUAAUGUUUACUUAAGUUCACAGAUAAACAUUCCAUAAUUAAUUUAUUCAUUUGAUGUCUUCAGAUUUACCGAAAAAAUAAGUUCCAACCGUUAUUACAUUUCUUAUUUAAGAAACAUUAUUUGUUUGUUGGAAACCAAAUGUUAUUAUAGUUUAUACAGUAUUAGAAAUCAAUUUGUAUAUUUUUUAAAAGGACAUUAGUUGAUGUUACUUUUCAUAAUAGGAAAUUGAAAUUUUACACAUUUUCUAUUGCUUGUUAUGAAAUAUUCAAGUUGUUAGUUGUAAUUCCAUACCUUCAUACUAUUCUAUUUGAAUUAAUAAAACAGCACCUUAGAUGGAAAAAAUAUAUGAUAAAUGUUGUUUAGCUGUUUAAAAAAACCCAAAGUUUUAAUAAUAUGUACAAAUGCACCGAAAUUUAGUAUUAAAAUACUGUUAAUAUAUUUCUAGUCCUUUAUAUAUUUGUUCAUUUGCACCAUUUAAUAUUUUUUUAAUUUUUAUAUAUCUGUUGUGGACAUUAAUCUGUAAGUGUUAUGGUAUAUAUUCUACCAACAGAACAAUCUUUACAAAAGUACAAAGUAUUGUGUGUUUCCUUGCUUUAUUCUCUCUUCAUUAAUGUAACUCUUGUGUAAGCUUUAAAUCUAAAUUUGUUCUUUCCAUAGAGAAUACUUUUAUAUGCAUUAAAAAUUGUUUGCUGUUCAGACAAUCAUGUUAAUGUUACAUGUAAACUUUAUUUGUAAUCAUGAACAUGAUUUGCAUAAAAUGUUUUAAUCCAAUUUUUACACAUGUACAAUAUAUGUUAUGUAGUAUUUUUCUAUUGAUUACCAAUUAUGAUAUUUAUUAUUAAAAGAUUUUUAUCAUGUAAUGACAAUGGUGAUAUUUUUUUCGUUUUCUGUCUGUUAUUUCAAUCCACAAUUGUUGUUUGAAGUCAGGGAUAUUGAACCACUAUGAUCACUGCAUUGUAUUCAUCACUCGACUCGCCAUUUGUUUGUUAUUGUUGUGGUUUUAUAUUACAUUUUUACAUUUUCUACUAUCCAUUUUUAAUCUAAAAAUACAUGUUCAUGUUUAAUAUCAUUUAUUUACGGUAGAAUUUGUGUAACUGUCCAUGUUUAAAUAUGUGACAUUUUAUAUCCAUAAUGUUGAUGUGGUCAUUAAGUUCUACCCUUGUCUCUCCAUCAGCCAAUCAGAGGCCUCAGUGGCCAAGUGGUCUUAGUAGCUCUUCUACUGUAUAAUAGCCAAUCAACACCCAGGUUGUGAGUUAAAACCGUGCUCGUGCAUAUGCAUUUGACUCCAAUCUUAAUUGACCAGGAUUGCCAGUUUUCCCAUUGAAGGUCAGUUGUUUUCUCUGGGCAUUCUGUUUUCCUCUAACCAUAAAAACUGACCGCCACGAAAUAGCCCAAAAGUGGGGCUUAAAGUAGUAUUAAAACACCAACAAUCAAUCUAUCUAUCAGCCAAUCCAUUUAGAGUUAGUUCCAUUCAAUAAAUUUGAGUAUUCUGCAACCAAAAUACACAUCAGGAUGAGUUUUAUUUUAAUCACUACAAAAUAAAAGAAAUCUGAUCCAUCAAUACUUUCUUAAGCAGGUUUCUUUGAAAAUAAAGACAAUUUCUACAUUUCUAGAAAUAAGCUGAAAUUUACAGUUCCAAUGUUCAAGAAUGAAAAGAAGUGUGUGUGUAAGCCACUUUAAAUUUUAUUACACCUAUGAUUUAACCUCUAUCAAUGAUAGAAGCCAACCAAACACAAAUACAUUCGUGUUUUCAUAUUUAUAUUCUUGGUGACCCUUGGCUUCAUGAUACUGUAAACCAACUUAUUUUCGUGAGCGAUUUAUUUUCGCGACUUUCGAGAGUAGAAAAAUAACGCAAAUAUAAAUCGUCGCGAAUAUGUACAACUUGGUUCUUUCCUUAUUAAACUUCAUCCAGUAAAUCAGAAAAUCGCAAAGUGGUCAAGAAAGGGUGCAACGUGAAAUAAAGAAUCUGCGAAAAUAAGUUGGUUUACAGUAGUUUGGUGUAGUGGCACCUGUGUACCAUAGAUACAUUAUUAGUCUAUCAUCAUUACGUGUUUGUUUGAGUAAUAAUUUUUUUGUCUGUGUGAAGAAUUUCUAACCCUUUGUCUUUCAUUAUUGCACUGAGGCCAUUCAACAUUUAUUUUUGUUCCUGUGGCCUUUCAUAUAUCCGUAUUUACUCGUUUUUUCAUAAUAAACUCAUUUUGGACAAAAUGGCUAUUGUGUAAAAACAAAAUAUCGCGAAACCUUAGUGUGUUAAAUUUACAUUUGAUCUUCCAAUUUUCAAAACCAGACACAUGCUAAAUAACUGAUUAAACCAUAAAUAGCAAGUUUUUGAAAAUAUUCGAUACAUAAAUGUGAAAGCGUAACCAAAAUGUGAGAUACAAAAAAUCAGUUUGAACCAGAUUUGGUAGAAUUUUUCCUGGAUUAAACUAGGCUAAUAAAUAACAGGAAUAUUGCCCAUGUAAAAUAAUUAAACAUAGUAUUUUUUUUAGCAUCUUUUAAAGACAGUGGAACUGUUAUAUUUUACUCCUUUUUUUUAAGUUGAUGACAAGAAUGUUGUAUUUUAAAAUUAAGAAAUUAUUGCUAUUUUUAAAGAAUUAACAAAAAUGUGAAAUUUAUUAUUAUGAUUUCAGGAAAAUCUGCAUUUUCAUAUUAUGUUUCAGAUAUCUUUUUUCUAAUCUCAACCAGUCACAUCUUUUCACUAAAAACCUGCAAUAAUUUCUGAAUUUACAGUAAUCCAAAUGUUCAUUGACUGAAAGAAUGUGGUAUGAAUUUUAUAUUCAAUUUAUUACAUUUGGUAUUCCUCUUGUUUCUAUCUGAUUGGUCAAUACUCAUAUUUCAUGUAUGUAUUUAUUUAUUAUUUGAAUCUCAUAAAUGUUAAAAUAUGCACAAAAUAUUAAUACACUAAACUUCCUAAGAUAAUUUUAUGAAGUUGUUGUUUUCUAUUUUGUAAAUAAAUUUUAAAGUUA